AUGGCGUCGCCGCCCGGCCACCGCCGGGCCAGCGCACCGCGUCAGGCGGCGGCGGCGCUCCUGCUCGCCCUGUCCUGCUGCUGCUGCUUCCGCGGCGCGAGGCCGGCGCCGCCGAGGGUGCCGGCGGUGAUCGUGUUCGGGGACUCGACGGUGGACACGGGCAACAACAACGCGAUCGGCACGAUCCUCAAGAGCAACUUCGCGCCGUACGGGCGCGACAUGGCCGGCGGCCCCCGGCCCACGGGGCGGUUCUGCAACGGGCGCCUGCCGCCGGACUUCAUCUCCGAGGCGCUCGGCCUGCCGCCGCUGGUCCCGGCCUACCUCGACCCCGCCUACGGCAUCCAGGACUUCGCCCGCGGCGUCUGCUUCGCCUCCGCCGGCACCGGGCUCGACAACAAGACCGCCGGCGUCCUGUCAGUGAUCCCGCUGUGGAAGGAGGUGGAGUACUUCAAGGAGUACCAGCGGCGGCUGCGGCGGCACGCCGGGCGCGCGCGGGCGCGGCGCAUCGUCUCCGACGCGCUCUACGUCGUCAGCAUCGGCACCAACGACUUCCUGGAGAACUACUUCCUGUUCGUGACCGGCCGGUUCGCGGAGUUCACGGUGGCGGGGUUCGAGGACUUCCUGGUGGCGCAGGCGGAGCGGUUCCUCGCCGAGAUCCACCGGCUGGGCGCGCGGCGGGUCACUUUCGCCGGACUCAGCCCCAUCGGGUGCCUGCCCCUGGAGCGCACCCUCAACGCGCUCCGCGGCGGCUGCGUCGAGGAGUACAACCAGGUGGCCCGGGACUACAACGCCAAGCUGCUCGCCAUGCUCCGCCGCCUCGCCGCGUCGCGCCCGGCGCUCAAGGUCGCCUACAUCAACGUGUACCAGAACAUGCUCGACCUCAUCACCGACCCGUCCACGCUGGGGCUGGAGAACGUGGAGGAGGGGUGCUGCGCGACGGGGAAGGUGGAGAUGUCCUACCUGUGCAACGACAAGAGCCCCCUGACGUGCGAGGACGCCGGCAAGUACUUCUUCUGGGACUCGUUCCACCCCACCGAGAAGGUGAACCAGUUCUUCGCCAAGAAGACGCUGGACCUGUGCUACGAGCAGCUCUUCUGACGCACAGAUGCAGUACAAUUUAGUACAUAG